UCUCUCUUUCUCUCUCUUAUUCUCCUGUUCAUGCCAUAUCAUGUGCAGAGGAGCCGAAAGUGCACAGAGAACACAACCUGUGCAUUUCACACAGGCAUCCAGAGAAACGCGACCAGAAGAGAGCCUGGUACAGUGAUGCAAUACAGUAAACUGGAAUUGUAACAGGCACGCGCUUUCAGCUUUCCUGACUGCAUUUACACUCCAGAUUUACUCGAGGUGGAAAAAAAGUUAGCAGAGAGACCUUGCCCUGCCUCGCGACCUUUUUCCAUCUACUUUUUAAAGUGAAAAGGCACCGAAGCCAUGCUACAGAGAAAGUAAGUUUUUCCUUUUUGUAUUUUUAAGAUAAUAACCCCCCUCCGGUUUAAUGAAACCAAUGUGCUGAAGUUAUGGCAGCGCUAAGGCGUAAAUUCGGAGAGGACUACCAGGUGGUGAGCACGAACAGAGGCGCGUCUUUCCCCAGCGCACCGGCGAAGAAGAAGCGCCAGCGCUUCGUGGAGAAGAACGGACGCUGCAACGUCCAGCACGGGAAUCUCGGCGGAGAGACCAGUCGCUAUUUAUCCGAUCUGUUCACCACGCUGGUGGACUUGAAGUGGCGCUGGAACCUUCUCAUUUUCAUCCUCACCUAUACCAUUGCCUGGCUGGUCAUGGCCUCGAUGUGGUGGAUCAUCGCAUAUAUCAGAGGGGACUUGAAUCAUGGCCAUGACGCUUCGUACACUCCGUGCGUCGCCAAUGUUUACAACUUCCCGUCAGCAUUCCUCUUUUUUAUUGAAACCGAGGCGACAAUUGGCUACGGUUACCGCUAUAUAACAGAGAAGUGCCCUGAGGGCAUUAUCCUGUUCCUGUUCCAGUCUCUGCUUGGCUCCAUAGUAGACGCGUUCCUCAUCGGCUGUAUGUUCAUUAAGAUGUCCCAGCCCAAGAAGCGCGCGGAGACGCUCAUGUUCAGUCAGGACGCGGUGAUCUCACAGCGAGACGGAAAACUCUGCUUAAUGUUCCGCGUGGGCAAUCUGAGGAACAGCCAUAUGGUGUCCGCGCAAAUCAGGUGUAAACUCAUAAAGAAAGCAUGAAGAAGUGACAAUCAAGGGACCUGUGAAAAGUGAAGUCAGUACAGAUGAGAAUUCUAGGCUCGACAUGGACAUCCAUCGUCACAGUUGAACAAGAUGAGACAAAAGGCUCAGAUAAGAGAGUUUUACAGAUGGCUAACUCUGUCCAACAUCUGUCACUCGUAACAAGUGACAUUUAAACCCACCUGCUCACUAAUUGGAAGGUGUUUCCACGUCAGCGAUAAUUCCAUGGGUUUUAAAAGGGUUGUUCCAAAAUGCGAAGAGAAAAGACAAUGUUUCUGGGUUUUGAGCUCAUAAGCCUCUCUAAGACUCCUGCCGGAGCUGAGGUCACAGCCAGAGAGAUGCUGGAAAAUUAGCAUUUGCACACUUGAGAAGGAGGAUGUUUUGUGCCCUAUAGCCUCAGGCAAUAAUUUCAGAACAUUAGAAAAUGUAGCAGAAUAAUGUACAGAUGUGCACUAUAAAUACAAAACAUAUUCUGAGGGGGAGAGUACUUGUUUUGUCAAUGCAAUUGCUUUCAUCUAGAAGAUGCUUACAUAAUAGCUCUAGUAGAAAAAUACUAUGCAUUCUUACACUAUGCUUUGAUGCUAUUGUGUGAGUAUGAGUAUGUCUGUCUACUGUCCAUAUCAGUUCGGUCAAUAGAAGGGCUUAAAAUGAAAUGAAUAAGGCAAGGAAAGUUGACACAUGGACAUCACACUCACACAAUAGGAUUUCUCCCCUUUAACUGAUGAAUAGGACUAUCAGUCAAAGGCUGCUUAUAAGGUUAUAAAGGCUACUUAUAGAACUGUGUGAUCAUCUGAAUCUAUCCAGUAUAAUAAUUUUACUAAGCCCGCAGAACAAUUGCAAAGUUAAACAGGUGAAUAUUCUUCAAAGAUAUGAAUGGAUGACCUUUCAGACCCACUUCAAAGACCCUUCAAAGACCCACUGCAUAGCUCACAGUAAUUAUGUAGUGCCAAGUGAAUGCUGUGAUUGAUUAAGAGUCUUGGGUCAAUGGCGUAUAACUAAAUGAAGCAGACUGUCAGUUUAGGCUGCUGAAGUUUUUUCUUUCAAAUAGAGAAGAAUAAGAAGAGGAACAGAGGAUAAACAGAGAAAGCACAAUAGGGUACUGAGAGAUAGUGAAAGGUUUGCCAGAAUAGUGUAGACAGCAUCAGGGAACACAUAUAAAAUAGACUCUGAGAGAAAGAAAACUUGAUUUAUUGGAAGUAAAGGUAAAAUAAAUAAAAAGGCAAGAAACUGACUCAAAAGAGAAUGAAGAAAUGUGGACAUAUAUUGGAAAAGAAGAAAUCUCUCUCUCUCUUUCUAAUAUAACCCGGUUCUCAUCAGUAUUUUUUCCUUGUGCUUCAGGGCUAUUUAAGCAGCCAAGAGUAUUUAUCUCACAACCAGAGCACCAAAGAUGUGGAAUAUGAAUAAAAUGUAACCUCCAUUGUCUGAAUAAUUGAAGAGUUGUAGAAUAGAAGCAGGUAUGUGUAUAUAUUAUGUAUAAAAAAUAUGGAAUGGAUUAUCAUAUCAGAUGACACAUUUUAUGCAUAUUACAGAUCAAUAUAGAUAAAAACAAAUAUAAUACACAAAAGGUUUUUUAGAGGCAGAGGACAAUUUAAUGCACUCUGGUAUAUCUC